AGACAGCGCCCCAGUUGGAGCGCUGUGACCGUCUGCAGCGCGCUGCUGUUCUCUCGCCGUGUUUGUACACAGUGCGCUGUGUAAUCGGGACCUGCACGCGCUCUCUCUCGCUCUCGGUUAUUGCACUGUGCACCACUGCAGUAGGGGAUAACUGCGCAGGCAGAACCGCUUCUUCCAAACACUUAGACUCAGUGUAUAUCUCUUUCUCUCCCGUCUCCAAAAAGGACUUACAGAAACCAGUUGAGGAGAUACUGUCAUUUAAAACGACAUCGCGGGACGAAAAGGAACAGAAGUUUUAUCUUUCGUUUACCUGUUCUUUCUGUGACCGUGGAAGAGAUAUAUGAUCUUUAAAAAUGAUGGGACCGUUAUCUCUUUUCUUCGUCCUCUGCAUGAGCACGGCUGUCCCGCAGCUCGCAAAAGGGGAGGUGUGUGAGCCCAGCCCAUGUGCGAACGGGGGGGCCUGCUUCACGGCGCUGGCAGACCAGGCAUUCGCAUCGGGAGAUGGUGAGGACCCAACAUCGUCAGGACCCUGCCACCCGAAUCCGUGUCACAACGGCGGAGAGUGCGAAAUCAGCGAGACCUACAGGGGCGACACCUUCAUCGGAUACGUGUGCAAGUGUCCCCCCGGCUUCAACGGGAUCCACUGCCAGCACAAUGUCAACGAGUGCGAAAGAGACCCCUGUAAAAACGGCGGAAUCUGCACGGAUUUGGUCGCCAACUACUCGUGCGAGUGCCCUGGGGAGUACAUGGGCAGGAACUGCCAGUACAAAUGCUCUGGACCUCUUGGGAUGGAGGGGGGAAUCAUCUCCAACCAGCAGAUCACAGCCUCCUCUACGCACCGGGCACUUUUUGGGCUGCAGAAGUGGUACCCAUACUUCGCCCGGCUCAACAAGAAAGGCCUGGUGAACGCCUGGACGGCAGCUGAGAAUGACCGAUGGCCCUGGAUUCAGAUUAACCUCCAGAGGAGGAUGCGGGUGACGGGCCUGAUCACGCAGGGGGCCAAGCGCAUCGGGAGCCCCGAGUACGUCAAGUCCUACAAGGUGGCCGCCAGCGACGACGGCAAGACCUGGAGGACCUACAAGGUCAAGGGCACAGACGAGGACAUGAUAUUCCGUGGAAAUGUAGACAACAACACGCCAUCUGCGAACUCUUUCACCCCUCCGAUUGAGGCCCAGUACGUGCGAAUUUACCCACAAGUCUGCAGGAGGCACUGCACCCUCCGCAUGGAACUCCUGGGCUGUGAGCUCACUGGAUGCUCUGAGCCCAUGGGCUUGAAGUCAGGUCACAUCCAGGACUAUCAGAUCACUGCGUCCAGUAUCUUCAGGACCCUCAACAUGGACAUGUUUACAUGGGAGCCGGGCAAGGCCAGGCUCGACAAACAGGGCAAAGUCAACGCAUGGACGUCCGGGCACAGUGACCAGUCGCAAUGGCUACAGGUGGAUUUGCUCAUACCCACUAAAAUCACGGGCAUCAUCACCCAAGGAGCUAAAGACUUUGGUCAUGUGCAGUUUGUGGGCUCCUACAAAGUGGCAUUCAGCAGCGAUGGCCAAAGAUGGACCACAUACCAAGACGAAAAACAAAAGAAGGACAAGGUCUUCCAGGGAAACUUCGACAAUGACACGCACAGAAAGAACGUGAUAGACCCGCCCAUCUACGCCCGGUUCGUACGGAUCCUGCCGUGGUCGUGGUACGGGCGCAUCACUUUGCGGGUGGAGCUGCUCGGAUGCACGGAGGAAGAAUGAAUGAACGCCCCCCGUCCCCCACAUCCCCCCACCCAAACCCCCACUUUCCCAAUGGCGUACUGGAACAUCGAGUGUCAAUCCAGUAUUUCAAUACAAACUGUGUGAAACCUGUAAAAAGAAUCGAUUUCCAAUGGGUUUUUCAAAGAAUAACAUGUUUAGUCCCGGUAGGCAGGCGUUUCUUUUGUACAAUGAUUUAAACCCGCCCUUCGAAUAUCUGUCCUUCCCGCUCCCCCUUCCUUUUUUUGUCCCUUCUCUUUUUAUUCUUGAAAUUCUUAUUCUGAUUUUUUGUAUCCGUAUGGAAUGCUUUUGUGUAACAUAUGAGGGGAAAAUAGUCGCACUGUGGUUCAAACAUUUCGCCAAGAAGGCUACAGCGUCACUUUUUAAUUAGGCCACACGACCGGUCAGCCAGGCUUCCUUGGGUAUGUGUGUAUACAUAUAUACCUGACAGUAGCUCAAAGCUGAUUGGCAACAAAAUAUUCAGAAUAUUAAUAAAAGAUAAAAUAAAACGCUAAUAUUAUUCUAUAUAUUUGUACUUUUUACUAAAAUACUUCACCAAACUUGAUUAUAAUUAUAUUUGUCAUUAAUAUUAUAAUGCUGGGGAAAAAAAGAGAUAAAUUAAUAGUCUGUUGUAUAAUGUAUAAUACAUUUAAGAUAUUUGCAUGGCAUUCAAAUUAUGGUAGUAAAUGUAUACUAUAAUGAAUUCAUACCUAAUAUCAGUAAAGUGAUUUAUUUAGGGAUACAUUUUUACAUGUAUUUUCUAAAAGAUUCUGACUCACACUACAAGGGUUUAGACUUUAAUGCACUUACUAGAAGCAGAGGAAAGCUUUAAAAAAGUGACACUGCAGUAUUAACACUGAGGUAUACGGGCUGAUUUAAAGUAAGGCGUCCUAAUUUCACAUUGUAUUUUUUGUCUUUAAUUUAUUUGAAAGUAAACAUAUGUGUUAGCUGGGGUUUGUGGUUGGCUACAUUAUUCCCUCAAAUAUGUCCCCUGGUAAGUUUAUUUUACUUUUUUUUAAGGUAUUUUCAUGUUUCCUUUCGAGCAAAAUUUUGUUGGGGCCUACUUUCAAGAUAUCGUUUUAUCGCUAAAUCAAUUUUUACUGCUCAGGAUAGAGUCCACCCUUUGUAUUGUUUUCUGUUUUUAGUACAUGAGUCUGCUAUAUGCCUAAGAGUAAAUUCAUUAUUUAAUAUAUUUAAGAACUGAUUUUUAUUUUAUAUAUAUAUUUGCUGGUACUUGCUGGUGCGAAAUGGUUUUGAAGGAAAGCAGUGGUAAUGCUAACACUGAAAUGUAAUUCAAACAUAAUUAAAUUGUUUUAUUUUAUUUUUUUGCAUCCAUUUCCAAAUAUCCAAGCAUUAUUCCGACGGCGUCACAUUAGCAUUAACAGCAGCUUUUUAAAAGAAAUAUAAAUGUUUUUCAAAAAUGACAAACAUACAAAAAAGUAUAUGUAUAUCUGUAUUUGGGUAAAAUGUAAGAUAAACACUAACAGUUGUUGUUAUGUCACUGUAUACCAGUGUUACAUUUGCAAGUGUAUCAUGAAAAAUACCAUGGUGAAAAAGAGUGCAACCGAAAUGAACGAAAUGGGUACAAGUAAAUGACCGAUGUUGGGGAUAUCUUACUAGACAGUACAGCGCCUCAUGAUACCCAUGUUCGUCUACAGUUACCCAUUUAAAUGUGCUUGUGUCCGUACAUCACUUUGCUACAUAUCUGCUAAAAAGUCUACCUUAAGUGGUGUCUGAGCUCUAACUUCGUUCUAAAUACAGGUCAGAUGUGCUUUUUAACAGCACUCCAGCAUCUCUACCCUGCUCAAGAGAAUUGUUCUAGCCAUGACAAGUGAAGUGUUUCUUGAUGUAAACCAAUGUGUGACUGUUAUGUGGAAACAUGGACUCUGCAUAGCCAUCGUACAGCAUUGUUAAAAACAGAAAAAUCACGUCUAAUGAAGUCUACGGGAGACUAGUGGAGGUUUUUUCCAGGUGAAAUAUGGUAAAUGCAUAAUAUUAAUAUUUCAUUUUGAUGUAAUCUCCUUUGAUUGAGCUGUUUGCAUAAUUUCUCAUCCAUCGCUCCUCUUGUCAGUGUGGCCCUUGUGUCAGUCGCUAAGACAGCUGUGUGCGUAGCGUUGCUGGGUACGGUUUCUCGGGCCCUUCGCAAACGGCUCCCGCCAUUGCACAGACAGAAGAUUUCACCGAAAUUUGACAGGCGCCUUCUGCGUCAGGGGUGUCAAACUCCAGUCCUGAAGGGCCGUAGUGUCUGCAGGCAUUGCCAUUUCCUUUCAAUCAGCAGCCAGUUAAGGCCUGGAGAACAAGGUGUGUGGAUUCCAUAGCCAAUUGAUGACUUGCAUUAAUCUCUUGUGUUGAAACACAACAAAAACCAGCAGAUACCGCAGCCCCCCCCCAGGACUGGAGUUUCACACCUCUGUUCUCCGUGUUGGUACGGCCAUCAGCCUGUUCUGUUAAAGCCCUUUGCAAUGCGGACGAUUAGCGGCUGUCUCCGGUCCGGUGCGCGGUAAAGCUGUGCACUGGCCACGGCUCCCUCCAUCUUGUGUACUCUCUCUCUCUCUGAUGUCAUCACUUCAAAGUCAAAUAUCGAGUGCUAUCUAGCAAAAUAUACCACUUAGCUAAAUACUGACUUCUCACAGCCUGCGUAUGAGGGAAUGAGGUGGGCAGGUGUUUCUGUGUACAGAUGAACAGUGGUUGCUUCAGCGAAAGCUCUUUGGUUUGACAAAUAAAAAACUGUCUGUGAA